UAGUUGCAUUAGAAAAUGGCAGGCGCCCUCAAAUCUUCAGGCACUAGAGAUGAUGACAAGAAUGAGAUUGAAGAAAUGUUUGACUCAAACAGCUUUCAUCAAAAUGAUAUUGGUAAUGUGCCAAAAACUGAGCCAGAUUCAGACGAGCAAGCUGAAAUAGGUUCUGAAUUUCAGGCAAACAUCACAAGUGACAAUAUGUACAGAAAUGGCAUCCCAGCAUAUUCUAUUGUUCUCUACAAGCAGGAUCCAACGCCUGGGAAUUUACAUGAUUUGGAUCCCAUGCUAUCUCAGCCAUCUAGUUCACCUGCUCCAGCUGCUACAAGUGUACCCAAGUUACAGCCAUUUUUACUAGCACAGAAUCAGCAAGAGGCCCACUCUUUUAUCUCUGCAAAUCAAUUUCCAACCAUGGUCAACAAUAAUCCCAUGUUGCUCAAUGCUCAACAGAUGGAUCCUUUGUGGGUUCAGAUUUUGUCAAAUAUAUUAUCCAGACCAACAGAGAAACAAACUUCUGAAAGUAAUGGAAAUGCCCCAGUGAUACCUAGUGGGAUUUACCCUAAUGUGGCAUGUCCCACCAACAAAACAAAUGGAACUCUAAAUCAGUUUAAAGUGACUGUGGCCAACAAUGGACAUGGUUCAAAUGAUGAGAACAGCAAUGUUAAAUUAUUGUUGAGAGGAUCACAGAACAAAAACCUGUCCAGCUAUGGCAGGAAUAACUCUACCACCAAGCCAGCUAAAGGUCAGUUUAUCUUGUUGUCUCCCACAUCAUAUACUUCAGAACUUCAGGUGAGGCCCAUGACACCCAGUGGACCAGGAAAUCCUGGAGCAGUUGGUUUUAUUCCUAUACCAAACAACAAGUUUAACCCUACUGGCAGCUGCUUCAUGAACAUAAACAGAAAUAAGGAAGAAUGUCAGCAACCCAGUCCUUUAAAUCUUGAUGUCAACAUGAUAAGAAAAGUAGAUGGAAGUCUAGAUAGUAAUAAAUUGUCAGAGUAUAACCUUCCAGUUUUGCCAAAUUCCCCUGUCAUUGAACAUGAUGGGGUUGGACCAAUGAGAGAGAGUCAUAAUAUGAAGGAACGUAGAAGGAGGGCCAGAAUUAAAGAUGCCUGUAACCUGAUGCGCCAGCUAGUACCUGGGAUGUCAAAGAAAACAGACAAGGCCACUGUGUUUGAGUUUUCAGCUAGAUAUAUUCAUUUUCUCAAGUCUUUUGUGGGUGCAACCAUUGAUAAGGAAUUCCUUUUGAAAUAUAACCCUUACUGAUACCCACAUCUGGAAGGAAGAUAUAUUUAUACUGCUACAUCAUUGGUUUAUCGAAGGCAGUUCACACAGUAUCUUUCUGUGGCAAUGGUGUAUUGAACCCACAGUUAAAUUUGAGACAGUUUUGAUGUACAAAGAAUGUUUUUAUUUAAAGCUUCAUACUGGAAUUAUUUCAAUGUAGAGUUGCUGUGAAUAUGUUUAUAGUAUUACACUAUUCCAUUAAAAUGUGAAUAAAGAGAAG